GCUUGUACCGGAGCCGGGCGAGUGAUCGAGGCAUGGCUGCGGGGUUGCCUGGAGUGCCAAUUGACGAGCGGGCGAUGUUGGUCGACGGACGGGACGCAAAGAUGCGAGAGAGCGAUAAUUGCGCACGGGCCUCCGACCGCGGGCGCCAGCAGCACCUCCGCCUGGCGCGAUACGAUGAGCUCUCCGACGCGCUUUCACUUGGGGUAAGCGACUACUAUGAGCCGGCCAUUGCCGUAUCAGGAUGCUUCGAUGAGGCUGACAUCUAUUUACUCGAGUCUCUCCUACCGCCGACCCACCCGACUAGCUACAUAACAUGGCUGGAGAGCCGCCCCAGGCAGCCGACCAGCUCAAGUCUCCACCACGUGAGCGCCCGUGGCUGCUGCCAUACAAUCGCAAGUUGCGCCACCUCCAAGGCAUCACCAUCCGCAACCUCACGCUUACCACGACUCCCCCAAAGUCGCGCGGCCGCACCAUUGACGAUGAAGCCAUACCAAGCACCCUCAAGUCGCCCACAAAGGCGCUGGCGUUGAGGGAAAGCAGAGGCCUGGCCCAUUCGCGCUCCUCGAGCAAUCUUACCACAUCCCCCGAAGACGGCGUCCGCACACCCACCAGGCCGGGAUAUGGACGGGGACUGCGAAGGCGCUCGACUAUGGAGUGGACCAAUGCAAGCCCGCUCACUCGCCAGAAGAAGCUCGAAGACAUCACUGCAGGGCGCAUGGCCGACACUUUCUUCAGUCUGCAUGUGGACCAUCAGGAAGACCCGGUAUACAUCUCUGAAGUCGCUGAGAAAGCUAUGAACCCAAACUUCAAGUUCUUCGACCUCGGGCCCUGUGGCCCUGCUGUCACCCGGCUGGACAAGCUCACCGUGAGGGUGUGGGCAAAGAGCGAGACAAUGCAGGAAUGGCACUAUCUGAUGGACUACACUGUGCAACUCCGGUCGCUGCAGUUCAUUGGCAGGACACUAGGAGCUUUCAGGCACCCGCUGCCACAGAACUGCAUACUGUUCCAUAUGACGGAUGGCAUCUACACCAGCUUCACCGAUCUGCCGGUACAGGAGCGAAUGCGCCCCGAAAUUCUUGCACCACCCAAAGAGAACCCAGAUGGCAAAGCGCUCAACUCAUCGUCGUACGACGCCCUCAUGCGAUUGUCAACACUGGACGAUUGCAUACAAGAUGCGCUGACUACGCGAGACCGAAUUGCCGAUGAGAUUGAGGGCAUACUCGCAGCAAACAAGGAAGACCUAAGCGCUGUCGAGUCGGUCGCCGAGACUGAAGACGGACUAGGGACGGUCGAGGCUGCGGUGACUGCUGAAAAGCGACGAGUGGUGGCUGCAAGGAGAAGACGGGACGAACUACAAGCUAACAUCGAGUACCGAAGAGAGAAGAUGCAAACUGGUCGAGAUCGUCAAGCAGAAGCCGACACCUCAUUACUCGAACAACGAGCAAAGUGUGCCCAAAACAAAUCUCUCAUAGAGAAAACCAUCGAGGACAUCACCGGCCAACGCCGCCGAGUCUGCGAAGACCUCCUCCGAAUCUUCCCCAUUGAACCCGUCCCAGGCAAAGCCCUCGCCUUCACAAUACGAGGCCUUCUCCUACCCAACUCCGUCUUCGACGACGUCAAAGAGGACGUGGCUUCCGCGGCACUCGGCUACGUGGCGCAGGUGGUCAAUAUACUGUCGCCUUACCUCUCUGUCAUCCUUCCGUACCCGAUUUCCCCACAUGGUUCAACGUCCACGAUUGACGAUCCACUUGCCGUCACACAAAGUGGUCAGAAUCCACAACGCACUUACCCGCUUUACAUGAAGAACGUCGUGCGGUAUCGCUUCGAAUACGGCGUGUUUCUGCUCAACAAGAAUAUCGAGAUUUUGUCCAACGCGUUGGGGUUGCGGCCCGUGGAUAUCAGGCACACAUUACCUAAUUUGAAGUACCUGCUGUACGUUGCAACGGCGGGCAAAGGCGAGCUUCCUGCGCGCAAGGCCGGCGGUAUCAAGGGACUGUUGAGACAGGAUGGUGUACUUUCCAGGAAGGGGAGCAUGGACAGCACGGCGACUAUGAGUAGUGUUGGUACGCCGACUACAGAGCUCAAGAAGAAUCUGGAGAUUGCGGGGAAGAGAUUAGAGGGCGCCAAAGCGAACGGUGCACUUGCGCCUGCUCAAACCCAUGCGCAUGCUGGGAGUAGACUGAGACCUGCCGCAUAAGGUGGACUAAUGGAAAGUAUGCAACAAGCAUGUGUGUACAACGGAUGUAUACGUCAAGUCAUCGCCUACUCAAACACAUGUGCAUGUGCGGAGUAGGUUAAACUGCUGGAGAACUUUUUUUCCGAAUACAAAACAAACAGCUCGUAGCAUACACACAUAUUCGCGGAGGCAUCGACUCUAACUGUGUUUGUGAGUAGGUGCAUACAUGUAGAUACGCGGAGGUAGUGAGACCAAUAGUUCUUCCCAUGGCAAGCGAAAAGU